AGUGACUGAGUAAAAUUAAAAGUCGUCUCCUUGAGUUCUCAUGGACAAACAAGGUCGGAAAUCCUUGAUCGGUGCAGAUAUGGCGCAACAACUCAAUACAGAUGAUGGUAAUAACCAAGAAAAUGUCUACCAUGCACACUCUUCUUUCAACGAGUCAGCAAAGCUUACUACCGAAGAAAUACUUAGUUCUGAUGAUUCUUUUACUGAUUAUCCUUCGCCAACUAUAAACGGAGAUCUACAGAAGGUGUGUUGUGGUGGUGCUGGCCUGAAUAGUCACGGUCCCGACAAGAAAUACGUUCUUGACUGGGGUUGUAAGCUGCUGGUUUGGUGUUGGCGAUGUUUCUUGGCAGUUUUUGUGCGUUUGUUACACGCAUGUCCUCACCACCCCAGGGACAUUUUUAAACUUCAGGCCGGUACAUGUAAUCCCGAUGAUUUCUCCUAUCCCUUCGAUCAUAUGCCCUUGGAAAAGUGUGGUGAUGAUAUUGGCUGGGGAGAUGGUGGAUAUUGGGAAGAAGGAAAUCUUUCUGGCGAUUGUAGGACCAGCGGGAAUCAGAUUUACCGUCCAGAACUUCAGAUAGGAGUAUCUCCUCCCAACGUCCAAACCCACCAGCAAGAAAUAUAUCAGAAAGACUUCCAAAAUCUACCAGCCCUAAGCAAGUUGACCCAGGCACUCGCUCUGAGCCUGAGAGAAAAGGUUGCUUUCCGAAUCGGUGGGGUAAAAAGAAAGAUCUACGAAUGGAGUAAGCAGGUCGAGCACAUAUAGGCUGCACAAUCUUGGAAUCUGCCAGACAGAAUAAAUCUAAAAUAAAGCUAAAUGCAUGUUUCGU